AUGCAACUAUUUUCCUUACCCAAAUUAUUCACUAGUCCUGAUAUUGGUGAAAUUAAAUUUCAAACUUCAAAUAUUGAAGUUGGAAAAACAAGAGAACUAGUUCAAGACUCUAAAAAUUCUAUUGAAUCUCAAAGUCUUAAAAAUAUUCAAAAUGUCGUCGGUGAGCCCGUUACUCAGGCAUAUAACCUACCUAUCUGUAAUGCUCACAAUCCUUCUUUUUAUGUUACAAAUAUUUGA